AUGACUGCAAAUAUACGGUCAAUGAACGGAAAAAAUUCUAACCUUAAUUACCCGACGAGCAAAUUUUUUGCAAGGUCCCAAAGUUCCGAUGAUGAUUGUUCUUCAGUUGAAGAAUCUUCCUCAAUAAGAAAUAGUAAAAAUCUUGAUGAUGGAUAUGAUGAAGAAGAAUUUUCUUCAAAUUCGAGAAGUUUCAUUAAUACUGGAGAGUCUUUUGUUACGGACUCCGUAUUUAAAAAUGAAUCUCCCGUGUUUGAUGAAUUUAAAGAUUUUGAUGACGAAGAGUUCGUUGCGAAAAAACCUUUAAAACUAGCAAAACGUCAUAUUAAUAGUAUAGAGGAAAACAAACGUCGCCAAGGACGACUUCUUUUCGUUUCACUUCUUGAAAAUUUCUGUUUAUUAUAUGAUAGUAAUCCAGAAAGGAAUCAUAAAUUAUUUUAUAUUAUCUGUAAGACGUUAAGUGCCAUGGGAAUUGUUGGGAAAGAGUAUAUUGAUGAAAUGUCAACAGUUCGAUCUUCUUAUCAAAAUGCAUUCAAAGCUUUGGUCGUUCAAGCUUUAAAUUCGAUCAAGCAAGAACAAAAGAUGUUUGAAUCUCAUAUGAUCAUGCCCUCGAAUCAAGAAAAUUCUGAAAAAACCUGCGUUGACAAAAAUAAAACAGAAAGUAAAACCGAAAAUAAAGAUGAUCAAGAAAUGAAUCCUAUUUCGAUAUAUCAGAAUCUUAGGAAACUUUCAUUUGCGGAUAUUUUAGAUCUUGAGAAUAGUCGUUACAAUAAUGAUUUUAUUGAAAUCAAAUUAUUAGGAAAAGGUGGUUUCGCGAGUGUAUGGAAGGCAAAAAAUAAAUUGGAUGGAAUUGAAUAUGCUAUCAAAAAGGUUAGGCUUCGGGGUAAUAGAAUUCCGGGAUCAAAGGGAAAGAUUUUUCGAGAAAUCAAAUCUCUUGCUCGAUUAGAACAUACAAAUGUAGUUAGAUAUUAUAGUUCAUGGUUAGAAUAUCAUAGAUUUAAUCAUGAAUCAAAUGAUUUAUCCGAAAAUUCAUCGGAAUCCAGUGAACAUUAUAAUAGUAAUCCCAACUUCACUGAAUCAGAUGAUGAUUCCGAUAUUUUUCGAAUGUCAUUUUCAGAUGAAGAAAUUGAUUAUAGUGGAGUUGAUUUUGUGGGUAGUGAUGAUGUAUCAAAUGUGAAUAAUGAAUUAAAUUCCGAAUCAAAUUCGGAAUUAACUUCAGAAUUAUCAAUUACAAAAAAAAAUAAUGAUUCUUAUAAUAAUAAUCUCAAGAAACGUUUAAAAUUUGAUAAUAAGAAAUAUAAGAAAUUUAAUAAAGAUGAUGAUGAGGAAUUACAUCCCGAAAGUGAUUGGAUGCUUUUUAUUCAGAUGCAACUAUGUCACGCUUCUUUACUUGAUUAUAUGAAACUUCGAGAUGCACAUUUAUUAACCACAAAAAAAGAUCCCCUGAACGCUUUAGAUCGUCAUGCUAGUAUUGAAUUGUUUAGAGGAAUCGUUCGCGGGGUAGCAUAUAUUCAUGAACAAGGAUUAAUUCAUCGAGAUCUUAAACCUGGAAAUAUUUUUGUGGGAAUAAUUCCGGAAAGUGGUCAAGGUCAUGAAGGAUGGGUAACGACUGAUUUUUCAUCAUAUUCUGUCGAUCGAUUGGUACCAAAAAUUGGGGACUUUGGAUUAGUAACAGCGGUAGAUGAAAAUCAUAUGGAAUCACCAAUUGAUGAAUAUCAUUCAUUUCAUUUCGGUAGUGCACCCGGUGAAAAUUCUAACAAUAAACAUCUUAACAUCAACAUCAAUAAUCAUAGACCUAGUUCUUCUUUUUCUUAUAGUUCGAAACCGAGAACCACGGGCGUUGGAACCGUCACAUAUGCUUCACCUGAACAACUUGCAAAUCCAACUAAAAUUUAUAAUGAAAAAGCUGACAUAUAUUCAUUGGGUAUUAUAUUCUUUGAACUUCAUUUUCCAUUUUCUACUGGGCAUGAACGUGUUCAAGUAUUAAAAGAUUUGAGACACGGAAUUCUACCAAAUGGAUUUGCAGCAUUUAUUUUGUGGAUGAUGGCCGAAAAUACAGAACAAAGGCCUGACGCAAAACAAAUAUUGGAAUUCGAAUUGUUGGCAGGACCUAUUCAUGGAGAGGAUGCAGAGAUUCAACAUCGACUUGUUGAAAGUACGCAGAGAAUAGAUUCUAUGAAGAAAGAAAAUGAAAUAUUGAAGAAAAAAAUUGUAGAUUUGGAAGAGAAAUUAAAGAAAUGUGAAUGUAACGGGGGAAAAAAAGAAAAAAAGAAUGGUUUUAAAUUAUUUGAAAAAGGUGGAUAA